AAGGCGAUGGAUCUAGGACCUUACCUGCUUAUGGAUGGAUCUUUCUCAGCCCUCGCACCCCUUCCCUCUUAAAAGUACCCAUUAAAUGGUCAUGGACGUUGGGUAGUCGGUCCUCGGGUACCGAAAAAAAAAAGGUGACAUCAGCACGAAGAUGGCGCGCGCGCGCGAGACGGAGUUAAGUUAUUAUUUUAGCUCGUUAUGCCGUUAUGCCGAUGUACACCAUGUUAGGUACAUUGUCAUUAUCUCCAUCGCGAAAGAGAUCUGAGAAGGAAAAAAAAGAGAAAGAAAAAAAGGGUACCAUAGUAGUAAUAGUAAGCUUUGAUUUUACUUUUAGAAUAGGAAUAUGUCGGCUCGGUGACUCGGGGAUAUUUGGGACUUACCCCCCUCUCUUAUGUAUUAUAUCCGACCAUCAUCGACUCAUCGUAGCUUUAUAUACGAGAGAUAACUCUCUUCCGAGGGUUCUCCGCUAGCAAACAAGCACCAGUCACUCUUUUGUUGUUGGGGCACAAUAUAUCCCUUAUUCCAUGGUUUAGGUUUAGGUUUAGGGUUUCCGAAUAUAUAAAUUAAUAGAAGUAGUAAGAGAUGUCGCUGCCGCAUAGGCCCUCGGUCAUUUCCUUCACGAGCCCUGCGGCUGGCGCUCGGGACGGCCCCUUCAGACCAGAGACGAUCGAGACGAGUUGGUUGAGAUAUGCGACGGAUACGGAAGACUCCGACGGCACAAUUCUUCAGGACCCUCCUCCUCGGGAGAACGACUUUGUCGAAGAUGCAGGAGACCGGUACGAGGAGCCACACCGGAGCGCCGGGUUUUGGGAUCCGAGGAUGGCCAAGGUCCGGCGAGAGGUGGUUAUUAAUUGGCUUCGGACGCUUUUGAUGCUCAUGACGUUCAUCUUAGCAGUGCUGUCUAUGUACUGGGGCGUGCUCACACACAUCGACAAGAACAUCCACAGCCUAACCAUCUUCGUGGUCGACUUUGACGGCCAGGUUGCGCCGUACGACGACGUGACGCCCCUCGUAGGACCGACUGUAACGGAGAUAGCGCAGGAGGUCAUCGACUCGCCGGUGACGCGGAAGUUGGGGUACACCAUCGUGUCACCCGACGAGUUCGGAUACGAUCCGAUUGCUGUGAGGCAGGCUGUGUACGACUGGGACUGCUGGGCGGCCAUCAUCGUUAACCCGAACGCUACCGCGCUGUUACAGGAAGCUGUCUCCACGGGAAACUCGUCCUACGAUCCCACGGGCGCCAUCCAGUUCAUCACCCAGUCCGCGAGACAGGAGACCACGACCCUCAGCUAUAUCGUCCCACUGUUCAACGCCUUCGCUUCCCAGUUCGCAGCACGGUUCGGCCCGACGUGGACGCGGAGUGUCAUGUCCAACUCGUCUCUCGAUAGGGACCUGAUUGCCAGAGCGCCCGCGGCCCUGAGCCCCGGUGUCACGCCCCUAUCUCUCGAUCUGCGUCCUUUCGGCCCGUCUACGGCUACACCCACGGUCAGCAUCGGUCUGAUCUACCUUAUCAUCGUUGCAUUCUUCUCCUUCACCUUCUUCUUGCCUAUCCACAUGCAAUUCGUAAUCCCCAAAGGCCACCCGCCGCUACGCUUCUGGCAGCUCAUCCUGUGGCGGCUCUUCGCGACGACAACGACGUACUUCCUAGUGUCGCUCAUCUACUCGUUCGUGUCGCUCGCCUUCCAGAUCCCCUUUUCCAACCCGCCGGCGUCGCCUACCGAGCCCGCGGUCAACCCCACCGCGUACGGCCACGGCUCCUUCGCCGUCUACUGGAUGGUGAACUUCGUCGGCAUGUGCGCGCUGGGCCUCGCCUGCGAGAACAUGGGCAUCAUCAUCGGGCAGCCUUGGACCGCGGGCUGGCUCAUCUUCUGGGUCAUCACCAACGUAUCGACGGCGUUCUACGCGAUCGAGCUGGCGCCGGGGUUCUUCCGGUGGGGGUACGCGUGGCCGCUGCACCACAUCGUGCAGGCGAGCCGGUCGAUCCUGUUCGACCUGCACUCGGAGAUCGGGCUGAACUUCGGGGUGCUGUUCGCGUGGGUGGCCGUGAACACGGCGCUGUUCCCGCUGUGCUGCUACGUCGGGCGGUGGCGCCAGGAGCGCGGCCAGCGCGCCGCCGAGCGCGCCGCCGACUCCUACGCCGUCUUCGACGCCCGCGCCGAGGGCCAGAAGAAGGUCGUCCCCAAGGAGAAGGGCGCGCUGCCGCCCGUGAGGAAGAGGGGGUUUAUGAGGGGUGUGUAGAGGUGGUUUAGGUUAGGUUAGGAGCUAGGUAUAGGUAUAGGUACAGGUAUAGGUAGGGUACGGAAAGAGAAAAAAGGGGGGGAGAGAAGAAGAGCAUGUAUAAUUCAACCUAACAUAACAUAAGAUCUGCUUGGAUAUAAGGUACUUAUUUAUACCUUGCAUUGCAUUUUAAGCAUCUGGACAGCGGGUAUUGGAUUAGAUUAUUAGAAAUCAUCACCAUCAUCAUCAUCAUCA